AUGUCAACCAGGAAAGUUAGAGUCAAGAAGUUGAGCGUCAAGACGCUUCUUCCUGUGCUCAGAGAGACCGAUAUCGAUGCUGCUGAGUACGAAUCUUUGACUACCGAGACUCAAAUCGCGACCGGUGUCGAAGCCGCCGAAGAAACUGAAUACCAUCUCCAGUCAAUUCUUAAAGAGGCAGGCACCAGCAAUGACCAAGAAAUUCCUGUCCCGCCUCCUCAGGAGAGUCAGAUCAACUAUGAUCAACUCUACCCCAGUAACUUUCAGCAACCUACCUCUUUCAUUCGCUUCUCGCAGACUGUCGAAGAAUGCAUUGGCGUUUCGUAUGACAUGACAACUGAGGAUGAUGAGUACUUGAAGCAGUACAAUGCCACCAAGAAGACAGUCGCCUCUCAACUGUCAGAAGAUGACUUUGAGCGCAUUAUGGAAGUGUUCGAAGACACAGCUUCUGAACAGACUCCAUUCGCUUCCAUAGACAACACAGUGGUCGGCUAUGAUCUGAUGGUGCCCUCUCUUACCUCGCUCGGUGGCAACAAGCUCAUGGCGCACUCCAAGUACGUCUACGAGCACUGGAAGACGCGCCGGCAGACGCUCGGCAACAAACCUAUUCACCCAAGCGUCAAGUUCGAGACACAUCAGGAAAGUGACGAGGCCGACCCAUAUGUGUGUUUCCGACGCCGUGAGGCCAGACAAACGCGAAAGACACGGCAACGAGACGUUCAGAGCGCCGAGAAACUCAAGCGACUUCGCAGAGAACUUGAAGAUGGUCGGCAGCUCAUCAUCCAGUCUUAUGAGCGCGAGAUGCUCAAACGUGAACUACUUACCUUUGAUCGGGCCAUAUUCGAGCAGAGAGCCAAACUCAAGGAGAUGAAGGUCAAGCUCGGCAUCAAAACCGAGGACGACGACCUCAUCAACCACAAGCCUCCCAAGAAGAAGCCCGUGGAGGCGCCUGCUCUCCAGAAGCCACCCGGCAACCACCUUCGCAUUGCCGUGCGGCCGGAUGGUCGAUCCAUGGAGGCAGACUUGUUGCAGCUGGCAGAUAAGCUCGCUGAAAAGGAGAAUGAGUUGCGCGCAGAUGUUGAAAGCAAGGUCCACAACCACCGAAAGUGGAACCAGAACCAUGUGGACCUCACGCGAGACCCCCUGUCCCCGGUCAAGGAACAACGCAUGGAGGCCAGCUUCCGUCCUGCCAAGACUCAGUAUCUGAUGACGCCUCCCGCAUCCACAUCUUCCGAGUCAGAUGCCAUGGACGUUGAUGAAGAACCCGAACCUGUACCUGAUAGAAGCGACAUGUCGGUCUUCCAGUUCACAGCCGGCGGCGGCAAAGAGAAGCCUUCCAGCAGCCAAGCAGCCUUCCGCCGACGCAUUGGCCGUUUGGGUCGGCUAUGGAUCGACCGCCGGGGAAUGAGUGGAAUGACUACACCGCCGAGGGUGGAAGGUGAAGAGUAUACUGAUCGGUGGAAGUAUGACCAAGACGACGAGGACGAACCGCAGGUUUACGAGGUGGACCCAUAUGACACGCGAGCCUUGAAGUUCCGCGCGACGAUUCCCUUGUCGCAGUAUGUGUACCAGCGCCGGCAACUUCCGCAUGAGGGCAUGGCCAACGGCCAAGCAACUCCGCAAGUAGCAGCAGCGGCUGGCAGACCUGCACUGCCGCAGCCUCCGACGCCGCAGCAGCAGGGUCAACCACAGCCGCAAGCAACGCCGCAGCAACCGCGGCAGCCGCCUCAGGCUUCUCCGCCAGCUCAACCUGCUGCUACCCCCUCAUGA